AUGGUGCUCAUCAAGUCUCUCCUGACGGCCAUCGUCUUGGCAGCCCGUAUCGCCAACGCUGAAGAAGCUGUCUCGGAGGUCCAGCUUCCUCAGAGCCCUCCCAGGACCGUCACCGCAGAGCAGGGGUGCUACACCGACUUCGCAGAGCGGCAACGCGAUAGUGUCCCAACGUACUCUCGCCUGUACUCGUAUACCUUUCCCGUCACCGAAUACACCUACACCACGCCGACGACAAGCACCGUGACCAUCACCCCCACCAUAUCCACCAGGGGCGUUGGCACAAUCACAUCAACCGUCACCACAACUACGCACGUCUCCUCGUUCAGUACCGUCACUGUCGAGGCGCCAGCGGGUUUCACGCCCAUCGCCGCCGCCAGCAACAGAACUGGCGGCGCCUAUGGCCGCUUGGGGUCUUUAGACGAAGCUCCCAUCUCACCGGCAGAUGCGGAUCGCAGCUUCGGCAACAGCCUGAGCGGCGACGAGGAAGGCAGACGCACAGCCAGGCCUUUCCUCUGGCCGCAGGCAGUUGUCUGCGAGAAAGUCGUUCGUGUCUUCACGACCACCACUUCCACGAUCACGGCAACCCGGGCCGCGACUACGACGACAACCCUCCUGGGCCCGACCCAACAGACUGUCGUGGCGACGACGACGCCGACGACGACGACGACGACGACGACGACUACUUCUACGAUCACCGACGUCAUCGCCAACCCGACGCGGACCGUCUACGAGGCCUGCCAGACCAACAAUGUACAGGCGUCCCACGGCCAGCCGCUGUCGUUCUUCGUCGAGGCUCUCUACUACUGGCCCGUCACAAGUGAGGAGCGUCACACGGACACUCCAGAGAACUGCUGUGUCGCAUGCCAAACGACGACUGAUUGCAGCGGCAGCCUGUAUCAUUUCUUCUCCGGAACUUGCUACAUCUUCAAGAACAGGGACAAACGGAGGCAAUGUCAGUCCCGGCUUAAGCUGAGGUCUCAGACGAAUAUCACCACGAAUGGCGUAUUCUGGGCCAGCAACGGCAGGUGUGGAUCGUGGAAGAUUACGGAUGAGGAGCCGGGCUCGUCUGCAGAGUGGUAG